GCAGAAAUUGGUUAAGUAGGUAUAUGAAUGAUAAAAUGAAUUUUCUACAAUAUUUUUUCGUUUUUUUUGUUUUAAUUGCAGCAUUCGUCAAUACGAUUGAGGGAGCUGAAAAAUACAAACGUGAUUGCAGAAAAUAUUAUGAAUGCGGCACAAGUGGUUGUUACAUAAAAACAUGCGGACCGGGAACUGAAUUUAAUCCGGAUAUAGGGACCUGUGAUUAUCCAAAACCCAAUAGACACCCUACAGAUUGUCUGAGAUUUUUUGAAUAG